AUGACACUGACCCUCGCGCGUCCGCUGGCGCGCGCGGCCCUCCGCACAGCGCGCAGCGUGCCCGUGCGCGCGUCGAGCACGUCGUCGGCAGCGCCGCGUGCUGUCCCCCGCACGGCGCGCCUCCUCGCCGCUGCCGCGCUGGGCGCCGGCGCGACCUUCCUCGCCCUCUCCGAGCCCGCUGCGGCCGAGGCCCCUCCCCAUGCCAAGGCGUCGGCGGGGAGCAUCGCGACCGGAGGCAAGAUCUCGCUCGCGCAGCUGGCCAAGCACUCGCACUCGAAGAGCCUGUGGAUCGCCAUCGACGGCAAGGUGUACGAUGUGACCGACUUCCUCGACCGUCAUCCCGGAGGAAGCAAGAUCCUCGCCGAGAACGGCGGCAAGGACGUGUCAAAGCUGUUCCACAGCAUCCACCCGCCGACCACGUUCGACAAGUACAUCCGCCCAGACCAGUACGUCGGGCAGCUCGACGAGGAAUCCCUGUACACCCUCUCCAAGGAGACCUCGGAGGAGGAGCAGCGGAUCCAGGCUACCCGCGAUGCCAUGUUUGGCAUCAACUCGGUCGUCUCGCUCUCUGACUUGGAACGCCUCGCCGAGGCCGUCGUGCCGCGCCACGCGUGGGCGUACUACUCUACCGGGGCGGACACUGAGGCUGCACUUGGCGAGAACGCAAACGCCUUCAAGCGCGUCUACUUCCGCCCUAGAACGAUGCGCGACGUGAGCAACACGGACACGAGCACGACGGUGCUGGGCGUCAAGAGCUCGAUCCCAGUGUACAUCUCCCCGACGGCACGGAACGGCAUGGGACAUCCCGAGGUAGGUGUCCGGAGCGUCACAGCACUCACCUCCCAGGGCGAGGCGGCAGUCGCGCGCGGUGCAGGCGAGGCGGGUAUCCUCCAGGUCCUCUCCCACUUCGCGUCCAAGUCCCUCGACGAGGUCAAGGCCGCCGCCAAGGACGGCCAGCAGGUCGGAUACCAGCUGUACCUGCAGCCUGACCGCGAGCAGUCGGCCGAGGCCGUGCGCGAGGCGGUCAAGAACGGCGCGCAUUCGAUUUGGCUGACGGUGGACACGACGAUUGUGGGUGGAGCUUUGUGCAUUAUUAGGAAGUCUGAAGCUCACCUCAUGCAGCUCGGUAAGCGCGAGACAGAGCGCAGAAUCCUCGCGCAGGAGCUCAGCCCCGCGCCACACGGGCAGCCGCUGAACCGCGCACCGCUCGACUACGGCAUGAGCGAGCCCAAGAUGACGUGGGACGACAUCGCGUGGAUCCGUAGCCUGGCCCCAGGUCUGCCCGUGGUCAUCAAGGGCAUCGGCGCGUGGGAGGACGUGGUCCUCGCGUACCAGAAGGGCGCCGACGCCGUCGUGCUCUCCAACCACGGCGGACGACAGCUCGACUUUAAGCUUACACGCAGUGCCCAGCCUCCACUGAAAACGCUGUACGACGUGCACCAGCACGCGCCCGACACGCUGCACCAGCCCAACUUUAGCGUCUUCCUCGACGGCGGCAUCCGCCACGGCACCGACGUGCUCAAGGCGCUCUGCCUCGGCGCGAAAGCCGUCGGCCUGGGACGGCCCGCGAUCCACGCCGUGUCAGCUUACGGAUCCGAGGGCGUCGAGAAGAUGAUCAUGAUCCUCCAGGAGGAAAUCGACAUCGGCAUGAAGCUCCUCGGCGUCACGAGCGUCGACCAGCUCGGACCAGAGUACCUCGACACAUCCAAAUUGUAG